AAAGGGGAAAAAAAAGCGAACAGUUAAAAAAAAAAAAAAAAAAAGCGAACGGUUGUUCGUUCGUUCGUUGGUCAGAGGUCCGACGCGGAAUCAUUUUCAACCUUUGUCGUCAUCUCGUAGUUUGACGAACCAACCCCAUCUCCCUCCAAAUUCCACAUUCUCCCUCUCACUGCGUUCAAUCCUCAACUCCCAUUAUCCUAACCGAUUUUCAAGCCUUCCGAUCACGCUUUCACCUCACUUUCAUCUCUGCUUCACGCAGAUUUCCGAUCAAAAUCACCGCCAGAGGGGGAUUGGGGAUGGAGCCGUCGUCGUUAAAAAAGGCGGGAAGCGAGAGUGAAGGGUCGGGGAAUAGUUUUAGCGGAGGAGGACGAGAGGAGAGGGGUUCGUUUGAGUAUUUCGGUUGGGUGUAUCAUAUUGGAGUUAAUUCCAUUGGGCAUGAGUAUUGCCAUCUUCGAUUCCUCUUUAUUCGUCGAAAGUACGUUGAGUUGUACAAGCGUGAUCCUCACGAGAAUCCUGGCAUUAAACCUAUCAGGAGAGGUGUUGUGGGGCCGUCACUUAUGGUUGAAGAGCUUGGACGUCGAAAAGUUAACCAUGGGGACGUUUAUGUCUUACGAAUUUAUAAUCGGUUGGAUGAUUCUAAGAAAGGAGAAAUUGCUUGUGCUACGGCUGGAGAGGUCAGAAAAUGGAUCGAGGCAUUUGAUCACGCCAAGCAACAGGCUGAGUAUGAGCUGUCCAGAGGAGCUAGCCCCCGAGACAAACUGAACAUGGAGGAAGAGAUAAAUCUGGAUGGACACAGACCAAGAGUUAGACGGUAUGCACAUGGAUUGAAAAAACUAAUAAAAAUUGGACAAGGUCCAGAGACACUUUUGCGUCAAUCUUCAAAUUUGAAUACUCGUGUUGGUUCAGAUGGCUUCUUUGAAGGGGAUUUCGGUGAUGCAAUUGAAAGAUAUAGGUGGAAAUGUGUUCGCACAUUUAACGGUGUUAGAAUUUUUGAAGAUGUUGCCGAAAGUAAGAGUGGUAAAGGGGUUCUCGUGAAGUCUGUUGGUGUAGUUGACGCUCAUGCAGAUACUGUUUUUGAUAUAAUCUUGAACUUUGACUCGAGUCAGAGAUAUGAGUGGGAUACACUGAUGAGCGACUUAGAACUGGUUGAAUCUUACGAUGGACAUUAUGAUAUUCUUUAUGGGACCAAUAAUCCCACCUAUCUUAGCCAAUCCCAAUGCAAAAGAGAUUUUGUCUUCUCUCGACAAUGGUUUCGAGGACAAGAUGGAACAUACACAAUAUUGCAGGUUCCUUGCAUUCAUAAAAAGAAGCCACCUAAAUCUGGACUCCGACGUACACGGAUCAAUCCUUCGACGUGGGAGAUAAGGUGCUUAAAUACAGCUAUGGGUUCAAAUAUGCCAAAAUGUCUUGUUACUCAAAUACUAGAGAUACAACCGGCAGGUUGGUUUAAAUGGCAGAGAAACCACCCUUCGAAGUUUGAAAAGAGUGUUCCUUAUGCAUUGUUGUGCCAAGUCGCAGGUCUAAAGGAAUAUGUUUUAGCAAAUCCCGCUCUAAAUUUUGAAACCCUGCCCACUGUUGUCCGUUCAAAAAUCUCAGAUGUCUCCACUACGAACAGUGACUAUGAUGAUGAAGUGCAUGAUGAAUUUUAUGAUGCAAUUGCUGCUGAUUCAUCAUCUUCGGAAGAAGAUAGUGAUAAUGAUAAAGAACUUGGCAAUAAGGAAUUAAAAGUGAAGCUGAAAAAUGUGUCAUGGGCUAUAGCAGGCUUUUCUUUGAAGCGGUCAUCAGCUGUUGAUGCUAAUAAGGAAUUAGAUCCUAGUGUUGCUCCUAUCAUCUUGGAGACAAGCGAGUUUCAUGGUUCUUUGCAGAAAGGAAGGGAUGACAAGGAUACAAACUGUUGGACUUCUCCUAGUGGAGCGGGAUUCAUGAUAAGGGGGAAAAAUUACCUCAAGGACAACUCUAAGGUAAUGGGAGGAGAUCCUCUUCUCAAGCUCAUAGCAGUAGAUUGGUUCAAAGUCGAUAAAAGCUUUGAUGGCAUUGCAUUGCAUCCCCGGAAUUUAGUUCAGUCACAAGCUGGAAAGAAAGUUCCGUUCAUGCUUGUCAUUAAUCUCCAGGUUCCAGCCAAGCCAAACUAUAGUAUGGUUAUGUACUAUGCUGCAGAUAGGCCUGUAAACAAAAAUUCUUUGUUGGGUAAAUUUGUGGAUGGGAAUGAUAUAUAUCGAGAUUCUAGAUUUAAAUUAAUUCCCAGCAUUGUCGAGGGAUAUUGGAUGGUUAAGCGUGCAGUUGGAACAAAAGCUUGCCUUUUGGGCAAAGCAGUUACAUGCAAGUACCUCAGACGAGAUAAUUUUCUGGAAAUUGAUGUGGAUAUUGGAUCAUCAACGGUAGCCAGGAGUGUUAUUGGCCUUGUCCUUGGAUAUGUCACAAGCUUAGUCGUUGAUCUCGCCAUCCUAAUAGAGGCAAAGGAAGAGGAAGAGUUGCCCGAGUAUAUUCUUGGAACAGUUCGAUUAAAUCGUGUGAAGCUUGAUUCAGCAAUACAUUUGGAGGAUUAAGGUCUCUAUAUGUUGCAUUUACUGCACUUCACAUUCAUUCAUUGUGAUACAGAGGUUUUGUAUUUGUUAAUAAGCUAUAAAAUCUUCUCGAAAUAUUUUAAUCUGUAAUUGUGUAGUUCUAGUGACUUGAACUCCUUCAUCUCUUGGAGGAACUAUAUACUUACUAUAAGUGGCAAAGUAUCGAAGUUGAAUAUGUAUCCGACAUAGAUACGUCUAGAUAUGCUCAAGACACGUGUCUGAUGCACUAUAAAAUGUGUUUGAAUUAAAUAUUUUUUUCUAUUUA